AUGGAAUCUUUUCAAAAUUCUAACGAAACUUUAAAUAAAUGUGGAAACUUCGGAUUUCAUCCGAGAUUUAUGUGUACUGCAAAAAUAUUUUUCUUGUCAAGAAGAACUGUUGUAGAAAUAGGCAUCAUUACUCAGUCGUUAUUCAUAAAGUGCACACUUCUUAAUCUAUACGAAAGUUUCACAUAUCCUUUUUUUCUUUUAAAUAAUAAAUUCAUGAAUUUCUUCAAGAAAAAAACGGUCCGAACUGUAACACCACUUGCUACAUCAGAAAUAAAAAACGAAAACGGUUCGAAUGCAGUCUCAUUUUCUGAUAGAACAUCACAUCACAUUGUCGAGGUACCAUUAUCAACACAUAGGACAAGUACUUUCAACAGUAAUGUUCACCAGCGGUGUUGUUCAAAAGAAAGUCUUAAAGAACAAGCUCUACUUAUGACAACUAUUGCUUCAGUAAUAAUUGGUGUUGGCAUUGGAUUAGGUCUUCGAGGUCUUAAAUGUGAAACAGAACAAUAUAUAAAUGGAUGUCGUCUUACUAAAGAAGAUAUAGCCUACAUUGAAUUUCCGGGCACUAUUUUUAUUAAUAUACUUAAAUUGCUCAUACUUCCAUUGAUUGUUUCAAGUAUUAUUUCAUCAUUAGCUCAACUAGAUGCCCAAUCAUCUGGAAAAAUGGGUUUACGAGCAUUGGUUUAUUAUUUUGGUACAACUAUUAUUGCAGCUAUUGUCGGCAUAAUUCUUGUAUUAACCAUACAACCUGGAAAACGUGGUGGUGCCAAAGAAGCAUUCAAAGCAGAAUCAAAAUCAGCUGAGGGUCGAACUAUUGAUACUAUUCUGGAUUUAAUCAGAAAUUUAUUUCCUGAUAAUAUUGUACAAGCUGCAUUUCAAACACUUGGUACUAAACUUACAGUCAAUAAAACAAUUGGAAUAGAUGCAAAUAAUGCAACAUAUAAUAGAACUAUCUAUGAUGCAAAAUUAGAAAAAAGAGAUGGCAUUAAUGUUCUUGGUUUGCUUUUAUUUUGUAUUCUAUUUGGUAUUAUUAUAAGUCGAUUGAAAGAAAAAGCGACUAUAUUAAAACAAUUUUUUGAAGCAAUGCUAGAAGUUGUAAUGCAACUUGUUCGCAUUGCAAUGUUAUUUAGUCCUAUUGGUAUUUUUUUUCUCAUUGUUUCUAAAAUACUUACAAUGGACAGUUUAAAUGAUUUUGUUGGUUCAUUAGGUCUUUAUAUGGCAACUGUUUUAGCUGGUUUAUUUAUACAUGGAUUCAUUAUUUUACCUUUAAUUCUUUUUAUUGUAACACGUAUGAAUGUUUUUAAAUAUAUUCGUGGAAUGAGUCAAGCACUAGUAACUGCUUUUGGUACGGCUAGUUCAUCAGCAACAUUACCUGUAACAUAUCGAUGUGUUGAAGAAAAAAAUCGUAUUGAUCCAAGAGUAUCACGCUUUGUUUUGCCUCUUGGAGCUACAGUUAAUAUGGAUGGAACAGCAUUAUAUGAAGCAGUUGCAGCUAUUUAUAUAGCGCAACUUAAUCAUGUUCCAUUGACUGCUGCCAAAGUUAUUGUAACGACUUUUACAUCGACAUUAGCAUCAAUAGGUGCUGCAAGUAUUCCACAGGCUGGCCUAGUAACUUUGGUUCUUGUUCUUAAUGCUCUUGGUUUACCACCUGAAGAAGUUAGAACUAUUUUUGCUGUUGAUUGGCUUCUUGAUCGAUUUCGUACUGCUAUCAAUGUAUUUGGUGAUUCUAUUGGUUGUGCUGUUGUGAAUCAUUUAUCACGUAAAGAACUAGAUGCACUUGACAAUAAGACGAUGUCUGAUGAUGAUACUAAUAUACACAAUUCAAAAUCGACUACUGCUCUUCUUCCACUUAACAAUACUAAUACGCCUCGAUCAAACCAUGCAACACCUCUUAUAUAUGAUAAUCCUUCGUUUUCAAAUCAAGUAGAAACAACAAUUGAAAAUGACGAUAGUAUGGGUCAAACAACUUUUUAA